AUGGGCGAGCGUUGUUGUGCGGCGGUGGUGCGGGUGCUGGUGCUGCAGGCGGCCUGGGCGCUGUCGGGCGGGCAGGUGCGCUACUCGGUGCCGGAGGAAGCCAAGGCCGGCACGGUGGUGGGCCGUCUGGCGCAGGACCUGGGGCUGGAGGCGGGCGAGGCGGAGGCGCGGCGGCUGCGGCUGGUGGCGCAGGGCCGGCGGGCGAGCGUGGAGGUGAGCGGGGCGAGCGGCGCGCUGCUGGUGAGCUCGCGGCUCGACCGGGAGGAGCUGUGCGGCAAGAGCGCGCCGUGCGCGCUGCGCCUGGAGGUGCUGCUGGAGCGGCCGCUGCGCGUCUUCCAUGUGCAGCUGGAGGUCACCGACAUCAACGACAAUGCCCCCAUCUUCCCCGCCGCCCGGAAAAACCUCAGCAUCACGGAAUUCACCACCCUGCCGGGGUCUCGUUUCCCGCUGGAGGGCGCGUCGGAUGCGGAUAUUGGAAUGAACGCGCAGCUCACCUACACACUCAGCCCCAGCGAGAAUUUCUCUUGGAUUUACAAAAAACGGAGGAGGAAGUCCUUAUUUCUGGUGCUCAGGAAAUCUCUGGACCGCGAGACGAUUGCUGUGCACCGGUUGGUGCUGACGGCCACUGACGGGGGCCGGCCGUCUCUGACAGGGACAAUGGAGCUGGUGAUCUCGGUGCUGGAUGUGAACGACAACAUGCCCCAGUUCAACCAGUCGGUGUAUAAAGUACAGGUGCCAGAAAACUCAGAACGCGGCACUUUGGUGAUCAGAUUAAAUGCCACCGAUUUGGAUGAGGGGUCGAACAGUAAUAUCUCCUAUUCGCUCCAGAUGCUGUCACAGCAGGAUGGAAGAGACGUUUUCCGAAUUGACAGAACCAGUGGGGAAAUCCGUCUUACGGGUGACUUAGACUUUGAGGAUGUUAAUCUCUAUCGGCUGCAAGUGGACGCGACAGACAAAGGGACACCCCCACUGUCGGGUCACUGCAAGGUGGUGGUGGAGGUGCUGGACGUGAACGACAACGCGCCGGAGGUGUGGGUGACGUCGCUGUCGGUGCCGGUGCCGGAGGACGCGUCGUUGGGGACGGUGGUGGCCCUGCUGAGCGUGUCGGACCGGGACUCGGGGGAGAACGGGCGCGUGCGGUGCUGGGUGUGGCCGGCGUCGCCGUUCGGUCUGGAGGCGACGUUCUUGGGCUCGUACUCGCUGGUGCUGCGCGAGGCGCUGGACCGGGAGCGGGUGUCGGAGUACGAGGUGGAGGUGCGUGCGGAGGACGGCGGGGCGCCGGCGCUGCGCGCCAGCCGCGGGCUGCGGGUGCCGGUGUCGGACGUGAACGACAACGCGCCCUUGUUCGCGCAGGCCGUGUACACGGUGCUGGCGCGGGAGAACAACGCGGCGGGCGCGGAGCUGGCGCGGCUGUGGGCGCGGGACCCGGACGAGGCGGCCAACGGGCGCGUCAGCUACUCCGUCUGGGAGGGCGGCGCGGCGGCGGGGCCCUACGUGUCGGUGGACGCGGAGAGCGGGCGCCUGUGGGCGCUGCAGCCCUUGGACUACGAGGAGCUGCAGGUGCUGCAGUUCGAGGUGCGCGCGGUGGACGCGGGCGAGCCGCCGCUGAGCGGCAACGCCACGGUGCAGCUGUUCGUGCUGGACGAGAACGACAAUGCGCCGGCGCUGCUGCCGCCCGCGGGCUCGGCCCCGGAGUCGGGCACGCUGUGGGCGUGGGCGGCGUGGGGGGCGCCGGCGGGGCAGGUGGUGGCCAAGAUCCGCGCCGUGGACGCCGACUCGGGCUACAACGCGUGGCUGCGCUACGAGCUGUGGGAGCCGCGGGGCAAGGGCCCGUUCCGCGUGGGGCUCUACAGCGGCGAGGUCAGCACGGCGCGGGCGCUGGACGAGGCGGAUGGGCCUCGCCAGAGGCUGCUGAUCGUCGUGCGCGACCACGGCGAGCCGGCGCGCUCGGCCACGGCCACGCUCAGCGUGUCGCUGCUCGAGCCCAACGAGGCGGCGCUGGCCGCGGGAUCCUCGGCGGCGUCGUCCGCGGUGUCGCGCUCGGCGGCGGGCGUGGAGCUCGGGCCCGCGGCGGCGAGCGCGGCCACCAACGUGUGGCUGGUGGUGGCCAUCUGCGCCGUGUCCAGCCUCUUCCUGCUGGCCGUGGUGCUGUACGGGGCGUCGCGCUGGGCGCCGCGGGCGGCCGUGCUCUCGGGGCCCGGGCCCACGACGCUCGUGUGCGCCAGCGAAGUGGGCAGCUGGUCCUACUCGCAGCGCCACAGCCGGAGCCUGUGCGUGGCCGACGGCGCUGCCAAGAGCGACCUCAUGGUUUUCAGCCCCAACUUCCCUCCGCCGCCGCCCGCUCCUGCAGCCAAGGACACGCAGCCGGAGCCCUCCGCUCUCCUCGACACGGUGCGCAGGCUCUGCGGGAGUCCAGGCUCCUUGCCCACGGGCCGGGAGCGAUGA